UUUCAAUACUGAACGGACUCGUAAGUCGUAACAACUUAAUUCAAUAUGUAGGUGUGAGAAGGGAGGAGAUUAGGGUGGAGGUGGAGGACUCACUCUACAUGGUGAUCAGAACAGAGCUUCUCGACGACGGUGACGACGACAACAGUGAGAGGCGGCUGGGCUUCAUGAGGAAAUUCCGGCUGCCGCGGCUGGUUAACCUCGACCACAUCUCCGCAGACUACGAGAACGGCAUCCUCACCGUCACCGUCCCCCGAAUGAUCUCCGUCGGGGGCGGUUACGUGCUGAUCCCCGUGAAUUCCCCCCGGAGUGCAACUCCGCCGCCCGCGCCGCCUGAGUGGUUGUUUGGGGAAGCGUAGGGGAUGUUAUUGGGUACUACAUUUAAGCACAAGUAUUUGCGUUAUUAUUACGUGUCAUUAAGUAUGAUUAGAACUGUAGUGUUAUUAUUGUUUGAAAGUGUUAUUGACAGUGUAAAUUUUACUACUGUCAGAGAAAAAUAAUUCAAAACAUAAUUAGUUACAAACAAUAAUAAAUAUUGUUUUGGUAAUAUUGGUUUCCCUCCUUGUGUUUGGUACGGAGGAAUUGCUAUGGAGGAGUUAGAUGGAAACAUGUACGGAGCAAAUUUUAGCUUUGCUAAUGAAUGAAGCAAUAAUUAGAGACGUGAUUAAUAUG